GAGUCUGCCUUCUGAACCGGUGAGCGAACCUGCAAAACAGGGUAGAAGCUAACCGGACGGUGGUUGUCCGAUUAACUCUCCGAUGCUAAAGUCAGUUUAGAGCUUUGAGCAGCGUUUUGAGUAUAUGAAUGUAAUUGUGAUUCUAGGCAUACCUCGUGCUCCUUUUAUAGUAGUCGAAUAUACCUAGUAGAGUUGUAUUAGGCAGGUGAAUCCUACUUUGUAGGGAUUCGGCCGUAUCGCAAGGAUUCUCCUGAUUUGUCGAGAUCUACCUUAAUCUGAUAAGAGUCCUAUUUAGGAACGUCUUCCUAAAUAGUCUUAUCUUCCUAAAGUAGAGCUUAUCCUUCCAUAUGUAGUGUUUGUGUCCAAAUAGGACAAGGUUUCCAUAUUUAGUCGUUUAUCCGAAUCCCGGACCUGACGCGCUCUUGGCGGAUCAUGUGGGAUUCGGUCUUUAUUAGUGUAUUACCGAAUCUUAGAGAUUCGGUAUCUCCUUCAUAUCUUUCCGUCUUCAGGGGGAGUACGGUGUCGCCUGAGAGUGGAUCUCCUGCAACUCGGCUCCAUUAUACUUACAGUAGGAUUCGGUAUCCAUCAUUAGCCCCCCCGCAAGUGAGCUGAAGUAGUUUGGCAUUUAUGCCUUAGUGGAUUUUAGCUCUUUUGGAGCUGAGUUCUUUUAUGCGGGCGAGUCGCUUUGUAUUCCGGGCGAGUCGUUUCAUAUGUUUGUGGGUGACGUUUCUUCUUUAGUAAGAUUCUGUAUUGCCACGUGUUGUCCAUCAGUAGAGGGUUAUGACUGGAUGAACGACAAGUGUCUUCGUGCGCCAUUAGUAUUAUGGGAUCUCGUCUUUUCAGUUUCUUUGGUUCAGGCUAUAUAAUAGUUCAUUUUCUUUCAUUUUCUUUCUUUUCCAACCUUUGCUUUCUCUGCAACUGCUAACCUUCAAUUUCUUCAAGCUUUUCGUGGGUUUCCUUCUUCUGCUGUCAAGAUUCCUCGUUUUCAAGUUGCUCCUUACCUUUCUUUUGAUCCUGCGUAUUUGCUUGCGAGGUAUUUUACCUUUUCUUUAAUUUUAAUUUCCUGGUAGUUCUUCAUUUUUGAUUUUGUUCCUUCUGUUCUUGUUCUUCGCAUUGUUCUUCGUCUUGUUCUCCUUCUUUUCCCUUCUUUUGAUCUUUUAGAGUUUUAAUUUUUUCAUCAUUCCGUGUUUCCCCCCCAUUUAAAAAUUUUAAAAUGUCAGAAGUAACUGAGGGGGCGAAGGGUGCUCGUGAUGAGCUAGAAUAUACGCGGAGCUCCUUGUCAAGAGAGCAGAUACUCGGUUAUGCCGAGGAUUUUAGCUUCCCCGGGUCGUAUGUUAUUUUGAGGCCGGCGAAAUCGUAUCGGGCGAAUCAUAGCACGGAUUCGCCUUCUAAGAUAGUAAUUUUUCACGAGCAACUUUUAGCGGGUCUUAGGUUUCCCUUAGAGUCUUUAAUCGUAGAGGUCUGUCAUAAUUUAGGUGUUCCUUUGGGCCAACUGCAUCCGAACGCGAUUCGCCUUCUUUGUUCUUUUAUGGAAUCGUGCAGGGUUCGGAUGCAGGAGCCUUCGCUUGCUCUUUUUAAUUAUUUUUAUGUUUUCUCCCGCCGAAAGGGUGAGGAAUUUAUUUUUGCUGGUGGUCGACCGAAUCGGUCUCUUUUUAGUCUUCCUUCUUCUUUGAAGGGCUGGACCCCUAAGUUUUUCUUGGUUCAACACUCUUCUUUCUCCUCUUUUUCGCGGAGUUUUACUUCUAGUAAGGUUUCUCUUACUAAUGUACCUGAUCUGGAUGAUGGGGAGAAGGACUUCGCCCUGUCUUUGCUGUCGGAUUGUCGUUUUGACAAGCCCAAGCACAGCGUUCUUUUAGAGCAGUAUUUAAGUCGCCGUGAAAUACUUUUGGCGGAUCUUCCUUUAGAAGGUAUUUUUCUAAUCUUUGUUGUUAUGUUUUGUUUUGUAGGAUGUCGACUUCUCUUGAACAUUUGCUUGAUAAUUUUCAUGUCGAUAUGACUGUAGAUAUGGGCGAGGUGACUAGCGGCGUUCCUAAUCCCUCUACAACUGCUGUGCCGAAUCCGACGCCUGAUUCGGUGAAUCCGGAUCUUGAUCCUGCUUCUGGAGAUCAAGUUCCUGCUGCGACUUCCGAGUCGCCUCUGCUUCCUUCGAAGGAGUCAGGUCCUUCUCUGAAGGGGUUGCCUACCGCCGGCCAGAAGCGUCCUGCUGAGGACCAGGCUGGGGCUUCUACCAAGCGUCCCAAGAAGAAGAAAUCUUCUGGGGUGUCUUUCGAGGAGGCACCUCGGUUUGCUGCUUGGGCGGACGCGCAAAAUCCGCCUCGUCUCUCAAACGUCGCCAUUCUUCAUGCUUGCAUGGAGAAUAUUAUGAUAAAAGAGGACAUUGAGUCCAUUGAUCGCGAACAUGGCGAUAAUUUGGCUGAGUUCGCCUGUCUCGGCGGUUUUUCGGUGGUCCAGUCCAUCGCUGUUUUGGAGCGCCGCCGAAGGGAUGCGGUGGAUCAAUUGAAGAAACUCCAGAGAGAUUCCGAAUCCUGGCUCUCCGAGAAACAAAAGAUGGAGGAGGAGGCUGGCGAGGCGACCGGUCUGAUCCAACAGCUGAGGUCCUCCGUAUCUACCAAGACUCGGGAGAUUUCCGCUUUAGAGGCUCGGGUUCGAACUUUGUCCGAGGAAGUCGAGUCUCUACAAUCUUCUUCAGGUGCUCUCGCUAAGGAGAGGGAUGAUCUGAAGAAAGAAGAGGGGCGUCUCCGCCGGCGAUUGGGUGACUCUGGGAGCUUUUAUUCCCAAGUCAUGACUCAAUACCGGUUGGCGAUCGGGGCAAAGCUGCGGGAGCAGAAUCCUGGCGUCGAUCUUUCUGGAGUCAAUCAGUUGGAUCCUGCUUCUUUAGCGAAGGAGGUGAAGGCGAAGCUUGAUAAGCAGAAGCAAGACGCUUUGAAUAAGGCUUAG